AAAAAAUGUUUGUGUUGUGUGUGGCAUCUCCUUCGCCAAAUCGCCUAUAAAAGCAGAGAAGAAGGGAAAGAAGCCAAAGAACAAGUUCAAGAAACAGUAGCAGGUUGUUCCCAUUGCAUUGCUUCUUCAAGUAGAUGGUGAGAAGAGAGACGAGGGAGUAGAAGGCAUUGUUAUUAAUUUUGAGAGAUGGCGAGUUACGAGGCUAUUAAGAACUAUGAUGAUGAAAAUGAUGAAGAUGUGGAGAUGGCACUGCACCACAACCAGAUCUCUGAAUCAAGAUCUGCUACUGUUUUCACCAAUGACGAAACCACAAGGCUUCACAUUCACAACAACAAUAACAACAAGAUUGAGGAACGCUCUUCCUCUUCCUCUUCCACUUCAACUUCCACGCACCAACCUCAACUUCCAACAAAAUCUCAGCGUCUUGUUUCACUCGACGUUUUUCGGGGUCUCACCGUGGCGCUGAUGAUAUUGGUUGAUGAUGCUGGUGGAAUCAUUCCAGCGCUCAAUCAUUCCCCAUGGAAUGGUUUAACACUAGCAGAUUAUGUUAUGCCCUUUUUCCUUUUUAUUGUUGGUGUCUCGCUUGCCCUCACAUACAAGAAACUGUCUUGCAGAGUAGUUGCAACUAGAAAAGCAAUUUUAAGAGCUCUUAAGCUUCUUGUGUUAGGCCUUUUUCUUCAAGGAGGUUACUUCCACCGCCUAAAUGAUCUGACAUAUGGAGUGGAUAUGAAACAAAUAAGAUGGAUGGGAAUACUACAGAGAAUUGCUGUCGCGUAUUUGAUUACAGCAGUGUGUGAAAUUUGGCUCAAGAGUGAUGAUACUGUUAAUUCAGGUCCAUCCCUGUUAAUGAAGUAUCGAUACCAGUGGGCUGUGGCUUUGUUUCUUUCUGUCCUUUAUCUUUGCUUGCUAUAUGGAUUGUACGUUCCUGAUUGGGAGUAUCAAAUCCCAACAGAUCCUUCUUCAGUGCCAAAGAUAUUUUCAGUUAAAUGUGGAGUAAGGGCUGACACUGGACCAGCCUGUAAUGCUAUUGGUAUGAUUGAUCGUAAGAUAUUGGGUAUACAGCACCUGUACAGUAGACCAAUAUAUGCACGGAUGCCUGAGUGUAGUAUUAAUUCCCCUGACUAUGGACCGUUGCCUCCUGAUGCUCCUGCUUGGUGUCAGGCCCCUUUUGAUCCUGAAGGACUCUUAAGUUCAGUGAUGGCUAUUGUUACCUGCCUGGUGGGCUUGCACUACGGACAUAUUAUUGUCCAUUUUAAGGAUCACAGAGUUAGAGUCAUAUACUGGAUGAUUCCAACCUCUUGUCUUAUAGUUUUUGGCCUUGUGUUGGACUUGUUUGGAAUGCACAUAAAUAAGGUUCUAUACUCGUUCAGUUAUAUGUGUGUCACUGCUGGUGCUGCAGGCAUCCUCUUUGUCGCAAUAUACUUGAUGGUUGAUGUAUGGGGAUAUAGUCGAAUGACUAUGGUUAUGGAAUGGAUGGGCAUGCAUGCAUUGAUGAUUUAUAUCCUUGCGGCUUGCAAUGUUUUCCCUAUUUUCCUCCAAGGAUUUUAUUGGGGAAAUCCUCACAAUAACAUCCUGAAGUUGAUUGGAGUUGGCAGUUGAAAGGAGGAGAUAAAUAUGCUGACGGAUAAAGAUUCUAUACAGUAAGACGGUGACACAUUUUCUGUUUCACUAAGUCUGAAAGUAAAGGUUACCACGUACGUGGUGAUCGCUGAUAUAUUAAAAGAGUUUUGGAGAGCUAGUCAUUUUGUUCACGAGCGUGAAUCAUGUUCCUCUAAUCUCUUGAUGGCGUCUCCUGCAUGGAUGAUGGAUAUAUAUUUAGAGAGUAGCUACGUUUCUUGAUGGCAUAUAUUGUGUUUCUCUAAUCAUUCCUCUAAUCAUGUUCCUCUAUAUAUGAAGCAGCUUUUGUCUAUAGUACGACUGCGAUAUUAAAAUGAUAGAUUUCAAGAGGAGUAAGCAUUUGACACGAUACCGAUGUACAAUUAUUACUUUUUAUAUUUAUUAUUACUAUUAGCCUAGAAAUGCCAAUUUCUUUAUUGCAUGUGAACACUCAACAUAAUUUCAUUUCCAAAUGCCUGGAC